GUCUGUUGGAGACUGAACCCCUGCGAGGAAGAGAUGAAGACGCAGUAGCCAGUGCUGACUUCUCUAGCAUGCUCUCUGACGAGGAGAGAGAAGAGUUAAAGGCAGAAUUAGUUCAGCUGGAAGACGAAAUUACAACAUUACGACAAGUAUUAUCAGCGAAAGAAAGGCAUCUGGUUGAGAUAAAGCAAAAACUCGGCAUGAACCUGAUGAAUGAAUUAAAACAGAACUUCAGCAAAAGCUGGCAUGACAUGCAGACCACCACUGCCUACAAGAAGACACAUGAAACCCUGAGUCACGCAGGGCAGAAGGCAACUGCUGCUUUCAGCAAUGUUGGGACGGCCAUCAGCAAGAAGUUCGGAGACAUGAGGUCUCACUCCAUCGGCUACUCCAUUCGCCAUUCCAUAAGUAUGCCUGCUAUGAGGAAUUCUCCUACUUUCAAAUCAUUUGAGGAGAGGGUUGAGACAACUGUCACAAGUCUUAAGACGAAAGUAGCGGGGACGAACCAGGGCGGAGGCAGCUUUGAAGAGGUGCUCAGCUCCACCGCCCACGCCAGCGCGCAGAGCUCGGCGGGCGCCCCCCGGCGGGCGGAGGAGGAACUGCAGUGCUAGGGCUGCCAGCCCAAGCCCAUCACCCCACGCACCCACACGGAUAUGAAGACCAAAAUCCCACUGGCAGAACCUAGGCCUUGACCUUCAAAUGGCCUCUCCACAAAGUUUCAUAAAGUGAUUUCCAUUUGUAUUUGUGUUGAUAAUGGACCAUUCGAUCGCACCCUUAAGUAGUCACAGGUGGUCAUCUUUUAAAAUGUCCUGAUUUGAGCAGGUACAAAAUUGGUCAUGACCCUUCUCUUUGUGUAAUUCAGACAUAUUUUUCAAACAUAAGCUAUUGUUUGCUUUGAUUUUUGCUUGGACGCCAUUACCAUACGCAUGUCUCCGAAGGCUGAGUGAGCACCCCCUUCAGUUCAGUCUGUCCACUGGGGGCGCUGCCUCUGUCCCCAUCAAUAGGAUGACACUGCAAAUUUCAUCAAACUGCUUGUGGUCCGCCUCACCUACAUUAAUUACACGUUUAUUUAAGCAAUUAAAAUAGUGGAUUUUAAUGAUGA